ACAAUCAGUUACAAACAGGAAUAGGCUCUCACAUGUAAUUGGGGAAACUCCAAAUUUCAUUUAAAGCUCCAUGCAGCAGAUCCUGUCUUGUGUGGAAACCCCAGUAACGAGAACACAAAGGCACAACAUUCUGUAGCAAUCAAACAGAAAAAAAUGAGUGAUCGAGGAGGAGAAGAAGUGACUUCAUCCUUCAACUGGUCAUCAGUUCCAAACCAGAAGAAAGUCAAUAAUUUGACUGACUGUGUGCGGAUUGACAGCUCAGCCCACCCCUUCUUCUUGGUGGUCUACACUCUGGUGUUCCUGGUGGGUCUCCUCCUUAACGGUUUCAUCAUGUUUUACUUCUGCCGAGCUCAGCAGAAGCCAUCCAGCAACACAAUGAUCUACCUGAAGAACUUGGUGGUUGCCGACUUCCUGCUCUCUCUCAGUCUCCCCAUCCGCAUCACUGACUACGCCACCAGCUCUGCCACCAUCCACCAAGUCAACUGCAACUUUGGCUAUUCCAUCCUCUACCUCAACAUGUACGCCAGCAUCAUGUUCAUGGGCUACAUAGCCGCUAGCAGGUAUCUGAAGGUAGUCCAACCUUUAGGGACUCAUAUCCUUCAGUCAGUGCCGGUCGCUCCCAUCAUCUCCACGGUAACCUGGGUUUUCUUCCUGGCUAUGACAUGCAUCUACAUCAUAGUGUCGUUCAACACUCAGAAAUCUUUUACCUCUGACCCAGUGAGCUGUCAAGGCAUUCACAGUGGCAAGCACAUCUUGCUCUAUAACAUCCUACAUAUCUCCUCCUGUGUCAUGUUCCUGUCUGUUCUGGUCUCUCUGGUCUUCUUUUACUACAGCAUCUCUCGCAGGGUGUCGCUGGCGCAACAGAGGCACCCGGCAUCCUCCAACUCCAAGAAGCUUGCAAAGUCGCGCAGAAACAUGUUAGUGCUGGUCAUUGUUUUCUGUUUUUGCUUCGUCCCCUACCACCUGGUUCGCCUUCCCAAAAUUUUCCUGUGGGGGUAUUGUUCAUGGACCAAGGUUUUGUACUACGGAAUGGAGGUUACUGUCAUAAUGUCAUCUCUCAACGUCUGCUUGGACCCAGUCAUCUACUUCAUCCUCUGCAAGGGGUUCAGAACCCAUCUUAGGCUGGGAGUGGUGCGUGGAAACUGAUAAUUACCGCUUAUAACAUUUUAACUGCCAGUACCGUAAUAAACUAAAUGCAAUAACUGCAAAUUGAGUAAU